AUGCUCGCCAUCGACGACGUCGCGGAAAGCCCCAUCCAGGGCCAGCUCGGGAAUGACCACAACGGUGCCGCCAACGGCAAGGACGAGGUGUACAAGGGAAAAAACCACCCCUGGGCCGUGAACCCGGCGACGCGCCUGAACCACGACACGCUGAUCAACCUGAUUCCGACAUUCGGGAUGAUCCUGCUCACGAUCGCGGUGAACAAGUCGCAGUGGGGGCAGGACUUCUACCGCUGGUUGAACGCAAACUACACGCCGUUCGAGAUCAACACCUGGUGGAUCUUUGGCAUCACGACGGUGCAGUACUGGAUCACGGGCCUGAUCUUUUGCGCGUUCGACAUGAACGACACGCUGCACAAUAUGGUUGCGCGCUUCAAGAUCCAGCCCCAGCGCCGCAUCACCUGGGCCGAGUACAGGCAGGUCUUCUAUGUCGUCGCCAAGAACCAGCUCCUCAUGGCCCUGCCCCUCUCGGCCGCUUCGGCCUACAUCGCCCCGCGCCCGACCAGUCUCCCGCUGCCGGGUGCUUGGACCACGACGUGGACGUACUUCGUGUGCCUGUUCUUCGAGGAGGCGGGCUUCUUCCUCGUCCACCGCGCCGUCCACAGUAAGCGGUGGUACGCGUCUGUGCACAAGAUGCACCACCAGUUCCAGGCCCCCGUCGCCAUGGCGAGCACAUACUGCACGCUGACGGAGCACCUGUUCUCCAACCUGCUGCCCAUCAUCGCCGGCCUGUGGCUCUGUGACGCGCACUGGUCUCUGGCCGUCAUGUUCUUCACCUCGCUCCAGAUCGGCACGCUCUGCACGCACUCGGACUACAACAUCCCCGGUCUCUAUGACGCGCUCCAGCACGACUGGCACCACUACUCCUUCACGGAGAACUUUGGCCCGACCGGCCUCUUCGACCGGAUCUGCGGAACCGACAAGAACUUCAAGAUCUGGCUCAAGGAGCUGAAGCGUCGUGAUGCCGCUGGCUGGAAAAUGAAUGGCCGCACCGAGCUCGUUGACAAGACGCAGUAG